AUGGCGGCGGAGGCAGCCGGGUCAGCGGAGGGGAGAGUUGCUCUUGCGCUCGGAUCCUCCUUGAGUUUCUGUUGGAGGCACCUGCUCAUCCACCAGGAGAAGGUGAUGCUACACAAGACGGGUCCUUGGACCACAGAGCUCAGCUGGGACCUGGGCGACCAUCCCUCUCAGGGCGAAGAGGAGUGCAAAAUCCUCCUCCCCGCGGGGGGCGAUGGGCCUGCUUCCCCCCAGGCAGAGGGGCGGCGGGGGCGCCUCGAGGCCCCUUUCCGCCGAGCUGCGCGGCCUGGCCGGCGGGGGGAAGCGGGCGCCUCGUGCGGGGCUGGCGGGGCCUCCCGGCUCCGGAGGCGGGAAGCGGCGGCGGCGGCGGCGGGGCCUGGAGCCGGAGGGCCUCGCCGGACACACCUGCCGCUCGCUCGCCGGGAGGCGGCGGGCGCUGAGAGGCUGAGCCGGGAGGCUCGUCGGGGGAGGGAGGCCCGGCGCCGCCCCCGCCCCGCCCGCCCGCCCGCCCGCCCGGCUCCGGCGAACAGGGCCAGGCCGACGGGCAGCGGCGGCGACGGGGGGGGGGGCUGCCUCCCUGCCUUCGCCUUCGCCGGGGCGCCUCACCUGCGCGCUCUCGCUCGCUCCCUCUCCGGCGCCUCCUUCCCGCGACUGGCCCGGCCUCCUGCGCUCCCGCCCGCCCGGCGAGGAAGUGAGGUCACGCGCCCGCCCCGGGAGGAGGAGAUGCCGCCGCCCCCCGCCCGCCUCGCGCUCGGGCCGGCAGCGCCGCUGCUUCUCCUGCUUCUCCUGCUGGUUCUUCUGCCGCUGCUCUGGCGGUGGGGCGUCGCGGGCGCGGCGGGCGCGCUGGGCGUCGCGCUGCUGCCUCUGCUGGGCCGCCGGCUGCCCCGUCGGGGAGGCGCCCUCGCCGCCGACGGGAAGGCCGUGCUCAUCACUGGCUGCGACAAAGGCUUCGGCCAGGCCUUGGCCAGGCGCCUCCACGCCGAGGGCUUCACCGUCUUUGCCGCCUGCCUGCUCAAGGACCAAGGAGGAGACGGUGCCCGGGAGCUGGAGCGCCUGGGACCCUCGGGGCGGAUGCACGUCCUGCAGAUGAACGUCUGCAGCGAGGAGGAGGUGGCCAGGGCUCUCCAACUCGUGACCGGGAGCCUGAAGGGGCCUGAGCGAGGUCUGUGGGGCUUGGUGAACAACGCCGGAGUCGCCUCCUUUGGGGACGUGGAAUUCACCAGCGUGGAGAAGUACCAGAGGGUGGCCGAGGUCAACCUGUGGGGGGCCAUCCGAGUCACCAAGGCUUUUCUGCCCCUGAUCCGCAGGGCCCAAGGCCGCGUGGUCAACGUGAGCAGCAUGCUCGGCCGCAUGUCCAGUCCUCUGCGCUCUUCCUACUGCGUCUCCAAGGCCGGCCUGGAGGCCUUCACCAGCUGCCUCCGCCAGGAGAUGUACCCCUGGGGGGUGGGGGUGGUGGCGGUGGAGCCCAGCAACUUCAUCGCGGCCACUGGCAUCCUGACCCGGGACGGAGUCCAGGCCGAGGCCCAGCAGAUGUGGAGCGGGGCCAGCGCAGCCGUCCGUGCGGAUUACAGAGAGGCCUACUUCGCGGAGCAGGUCCGCCAGAUGGAGGGCUUUGUGCGCAGCGGCCUGAGGGACGUCUCCCUCGUGCUGGACGACAUCACCGAGGCGCUGACCGCGCGGCACCCCUACGCCCGCUACAACCCCAUGGAGGCCCGCUGGUGGGUCCGGCUGCAGGCCUUCACCCACUUGCCCACGGCUCUGGCCGACUGGCUCUACGUCCGCUAGUCCCUCGCUGUCCAUUGGCCUGGUGCCCAGAUUGGAAACAAACAAUUCCUGCCUUGCGUGGGGUUGGACUAGAUGACCCUUGGGGUCCCUUCCAACUCUACAAUGCUGUGGUUCUAAGAUCCUACGCCCACAUCUUGGCAGCCUGCCUGAGAUUCAUCCUGGCCCAGAACUAGCCACAUGCCCAGCCCAAGUGGCUCCUGAGGCUGGGGAGGGUGUCUCCAGGCAGCCCUGGCAAAGAAAGUAACCCCACCAGCCUUUAGGUACUUCUGGAGCAAAGCUGCUGGGGGGGGGUUGGGGUCUUCCACUUCUGGCACCUUCUGAAUGUGCCCACAGCAAGCGGUUGCCAGGAGACCCUGCAUUGGGUGGGGUAGGGGAGCCAUCCAGAUUCUGGGGGUGUAAAUGGGCCACUGACUACUUGCAAGGAUGCCAGCUGGCACCCCUCCUUCCCCCCUCCCCCCAUGCCAAGGAAGCAAACGUCUGCCUCUGCUCUGGAGGCCUCACAAAGAGCUGCUGCUGCUGCUGCUUUGCUCGCAGUUGCCUGGGUGGGAUCUGUCUCUCACAGGGGGAGGCUCUGAGCUGGGGGGCUGGGGGAUGUUGCUCAAGGAAUUCCAGCACCCUGAGAAAGACGGGGAGGGGGUCCCCAGUGCAGACAUCCCAUGCCAGCUGCAGCAGAAACUUCCCCUUGGCCUCAGCUGGGGCUCCCAGGAAGGGCUGCAUCAGGGCCUGGGACACGAGGACCCUCAAGCCCACCCCCCCCCAGGAGUCCUUCCUAGCCAGGCAGCUUCCACCCAGUCAGCCCUUUGACCCGUCGAGCCCCUGAGCAAGAGGAGAGGUCUUGGCCAGUUGGGCUGCCUGCCUGCCGGAUCAGGCCAAAGGGGCCCAUCUGGUCCAGCCCCCUCUCCUCUCAGUGGCCAACCAGAUGCCUCAGUGGGAAACCCGCUAGCAGGAUCCGAGCACAAGAGCAACGAUCUCUCCUCCUGCACUUUCCCCGGAGGAGCGCCUGGAGAUUGAACGGAAGACCUUCUGCAUACAAGGCAACUCUCUGCGUCCCCGGAUUCACAAAUCUGUCCCCGGAAUGUCCCCGGAUUUCAUUUCAUGUCCCCGGAUUUAUAUUUUAAGUGUUGUAGAUUUAUUAGCAGGGACUGAAUGUUGCGUGAUGGGUUCAACGGCACAAGACACACCAUAUGGGGAAUUCUGGUGAGGCAAAAGGGCGGGCGCCACGGCAGCGAGCAGCUCCUGAAGCCAGCCAGGGCCAACUGCGCUACCAGCCUGGCUCCGGGCUGCUGAGGCUGCCACUGCUGAGGGGGAACAGGGACUCCCGGCGCGUCAACUGGGGGAACCGCUGACACACACACCCCGUGACCCGAAUCGAGCUGGGAGUGAGAGCGCCCGGCCAACUGCCCAGCAGCACUCCAUGGCCAGGAAAACCCUGGAGCCGAUGCAGGGAGAAAGGGGAGAGGAGAAGGAGAAGGAAGAGAGAGAAAGAGGAAGGAG